CCCCUCCCCUCCGCCUCACUCCACUCCCUGCCUGCAUGCCAGGGUUUCUUUCCACCGUGGGGGUCUCUGAGCCUCCCAUUCUCCUCUCCACCUGCCUUCUUCCUCAACUCAGGGGUAGUGAGCCCCCAUUUUUUUCCUGCCGGGGCAUCCUCUCGCCAGCCUGAUCAUCGCCACUGACUCUGCUCCCCACCCUCUCCUCCUCUCCGCUCCUCUCUGCCCCUUUAAAUCCGCCUGGCCCAGCCUCCCCCUUGAUGCUGGGUUUGGAGCAAACAUUGAUUUGUGCUGGGAUGGAAUUGGAAUUUUGAUUUUUUUUUCCUCUCCCAACCAUAAGAAGAAAAAAAAUAAAAACACCCCCUCUUGAUAGCCCCCCUCCUCUUUCCCAUCCAGCUCCCAGCUCCUCUUGGCUGUCUCCGUUCAAGGCAGAUUUUUCCCCCCUACACUCAUUCUCACCCCGCACCCAGCCACUGCCUCACCCCCCAACACUAGCCUGCACCUUCGGCCGAGGAGAGAGAGGGGACUCUCCCAUAGCUCCCCCACCUCCCUUCUCGGGCUGUGGCAGUCUUUCCGGAAGGGAAGGGGGCUUGGCUUGUCCUGGUGAGGUGUGAGUGGAAGAACCCUGCCAUGGAAACUGCGCCCGGGAGGCAGCCUGAGCCCCAGCCCACAUGCCACUCAGGAUGAGGGUCCGGCCCUGCCUGCCCGCGCUGGGGCCCCUCCGCCCAGCCCCGGUCUAACUGCCCCCGCCCCCAGGCCUCGCCCGGCCCCCAGGCCCCCAGCCGGCUCUCCAGCCCCAGGAUGCGCUGAGCCGCCGGGGGGCUGAGGCCGCGCCAACUACAUGCAUGUCCCCCGGGGGCAAGUUCGACUUUGACGACGGGGGCUGCUACGUGGGGGGCUGGGAGGCGGGGCGGGCACAUGGCUACGGCGUGUGCACCGGGCCCGGCGCCCAGGGAGAGUACAGCGGCUGCUGGGCGCACGGCUUCGAGUCGCUGGGUGUCUUCACGGGGCCCGGCGGACACAGCUACCAGGGCCACUGGCAGCAGGGCAAGCGCGAAGGGCUGGGCGUGGAGCGCAAGAGCCGCUGGACCUACCGCGGCGAGUGGCUGGGCGGGCUGAAGGGGCGCAGCGGCGUGUGGGAGAGCGUGUCCGGCCUGCGCUACGCCGGGCUCUGGAAGGACGGCUUCCAGGACGGCUACGGCACCGAGACCUAUUCCGAUGGAGGCACCUACCAAGGCCAGUGGCAGGCCGGGAAGCGCCACGGCUUCGGGGUGCGCCAGAGUGUACCCUACCACCAGGCGGCGCUUCUGCGCUCACCCCGCCGCACCUCUCUGGACUCGGGCCACAGCGACCCCCCGACGCCGCCUCCGCCCCUACCCCUACCAGGAGAUGAAGGAGGUAGCCCAGCCUCCGGCUCCCGAGGCGGCUUCGUGCUGGCGGGGCCCGGGGACGCCGAUGGGGCGGCCUCCCGUAAGCGCACCCCAGCAGCAGGCGGAUUCUUCCGCCGUUCACUGCUGCUCAGCGGGCUCCGGGCUGGUGGGCGCCGCAGCUCCCUGGGCAGCAAGAGGGGAUCUCUACGCAGCGAGGUGAGCAGCGAAGUGGGCAGUACAGGACCCCUGGGCUCCGAGGCCAGUGGGCCCCCUAUCCCAGCGCCACCUGCCCUCAUCGAGGGCUCAGCCACUGAGGUGUACGCUGGUGAGUGGCGCGCAGACCGGCGCAGUGGCUACGGAGUGAGCCAGAGGUCCAACGGGCUGCGCUACGAAGGCGAGUGGCUGGGCAACCGAAGGCACGGAUAUGGGCGCACCACCCGGCCCGAUGGCUCCCGUGAGGAGGGCAAGUACAAGCGCAACCGGCUGGUGCACGGCGGACGUGUCCGCAGCCUCCUGCCUCUGGCCCUUAGACGGGGCAAAGUCAAGGAGAAGGUGGACAGGGCUGUCGAAGGUGCCCGUCGAGCUGUGAGUGUUGCCCGCCAGCGCCAGGAAGUCGCGGCUGCCAGGGCAGCAGACGCCCUCCUAAAAGCAGUGGCAGCGAGCAGCGUCGCCGAGAAGGCUGUGGAAGCGGCAAGGAUGGCCAAACUGAUAGCCCAGGACCUGCAACCCAUGCUAGAGGCCCCAGGCCGCAGACCCAGACAUGAUUCAGGAGGUUCUGACACAGAGCCUUUGGAUGAGGACAGCCCUGGGGUAUACGAGAACGGACUGACUCCCUCAGAGGGCUCUCCGGAACUGCCCAGCAGCCCGGCCCCCUCCCACCAACCUUGGCGAGCCCCUGCCUGCCGGAACCCACUGUCUCCUGGAGGAGACUGGGGUCCCUUCUCCAGCUCUAAAGCUUGGCCCGAGGAGUGGGGAGGUCCUGGGGAGCAGGCAGAGGAACUAGCCGGCUAUGAGGCUGAGGAUGAGGCGGGGACGCAGGGUCCAGGACCCAGAGACGGUUCCCCACUCCUCGGAGCCUGCAGUGACAGUUCCGGAAGUCUUCGAGAGGAAGAGGGGGAAGAUGAAGAGUCUUUGCCCCCGCUGAGGGCCCCAGGGGGCUCAGAGUCUGAGCCUGUCACCAUGCCAGUUUUGAGGGGCCUGUCUUCAAGGGGUCCUGAUGCUGGGUGCCUGACAGAAGAAUCUGAGGAGCCUGCUGCCACCGAGAGGCCUGCCCAGCCGGGAGCUGCCAACCCCCUGGUGGUGGGAGCCGUGGCCUUGCUGGACCUCAGCCUGGCGUUCCUGUUCUCCCAGCUCCUCACCUGAGGCACAGCCUGGCUCCUCCUGGCUCUGGUUGCCUGCCUCGCCACCCACUCUGACCUGCCUUUUUCUCUUUCCCUACUAGUUGGGUUUCCUCUUUCCUUUCCUCCUUUAUUUUGGUCUCUUGCUUCCCGGUUCCCUCUCUUCUUUGAGAUGGUCUCAUUACUCUGGACCUGUUUCUGGUCUCCCCUGUUCUUUCUCCCGCCCCCCCCACCAACCCCUUCUUUCUCUAGAUUGUUUACAUACGAAGGGCUGUUCUCCCUCAGAGUUGCAGAGUCGGCUCUCUUCUCUGAGACACACAAAUCUAAGUCAGACCAUUGCCCCCAUGUCCUCUCCCCAACCUCUUCUUUAAAUCAAGACUUCACCAAGGGUGGGGGUUUGGUGUCCUGAGGAGUCUCCUGGAAUCUGAGUGGAGGUGACUGAGUGCCAGACAAGGCACUGGCCGAGCUGCUCGGGGCUCACUGGCCCAGGUGGAAAACUCAACAACAGUCACCUCCACUCAGGCCUCCCGGAACCCACUAAGUUCUUGCCUAACUUGAUCCUUCCCCGAGGAAGAAAAGGGGAGUGGACGACAGAACACUCCCUAGACGCUCCCUCCCCUCCCUCAGCCAGCCCCCCUUCCAACCCCCAAGGAUGGCAUGUCAUGCCAAGAGCAAUGCGAAAAGCAACAAAAACUAUUGGGUGCACCAAGCCCUCUCCGACUCUGCCACUCACCUCUCUACCCUUUUCUGCCCCCUUAAAAAUGUAUUUGAUUGGUCUGGACUCACUUGUGGCCUUUGAUUAAACUCCUAAGGGGCCUGAAGAAGACACUUCUGCAGAGGGUUAGAGGCACCGGAGCAAGCGAGGACUCCGCUCCUCACUUCUGGCAGUUGUGGGGAGCACUUCCAGAGGAUUCUCAGUUUCUGGCAGUUGUGGGGAGCACUUCCAGAGGAUGCUCAGUUCUGGCAGCUGUGGGGAGCACUUCCAGAGGAUUCUCAGUUCUGGCAGUUGUAGGGAGCACUUCCAGAGGAUGCUCAGUUCUGGCAGUUGUGGGGAGCACUUCCAGAGGAUGCUCAGUUUCUGGCAGUUGUGGGGAGCACUUCCAGAGGAUGCUCAGUUUCUGGCAGUUGUGGGGAGCACUUCCAGAGGAUACUCAGUUCUGGCAGUUGUGGGGAGCACUUCCAGAGGAUAGAGCCAAGAAAGAGCCGAAGGGCAGCAGAAGCUGCAAAGAGUCUAGUAUUUCCAAACCAUCAGGUCAGAAUCCUGUGAGAUGGGAAGACAAAAGGGGAUCCAAAGAGGCCAAUGUCUCCCACACUUCCCAGGCAGGGCAGAGGUGGGCGUCAACCCCAGGUGAGAAGUGGGUGAAGAGCCCUGUUUGAGAUAUGGCUGAUCCCUGUUACUAGCUUUUCCUCUGGGGACAGAACGCUCUACAAGAGGAACUUUCCUUUCCUGCAUGAGGCAGAGGCAAGCUGCCUGCCCAUCCCCUUCCUCAAGGAAUGGCCUAGCCCAGGAAUGCCCACCACACACACUCUUCUUAUUUUUCUAGUCAACCUCUGUUUACUCCUUGGCCUGCCUUCCUCCUCCCUCCCUUUCAACCUUUACUUCUGAUUUCUACUUCAUGGAAUUUGGGAUUGACGUUAUACAACAGUGCCGCCAACACCAAGUCUUGCAGGAAAAAAAAAAAUACAAAGAAAUUUAACAAAAAAAAAAAAAAA